CUAGAAACAUAUCUUCACUGUAUGAAGAGAGGAGAGAAGAUAGGAGGGACUUUUUUUUGCUGGCACAGCAAAGAAGACACGAACAACAAAAGUAACUGGCAUAGACGAGAAGAGUAAUGUUGUUUUGACGAGUUUCAUCACAUCGGUAUUUUUUUGUGCGUUAGAGAAUAGAGAGAGAGUGCAUUUUUCCAUGUCACGAAGGUUUAGGUUUUUGGACUGUUUCCACACUUCUACUUCAACCGACUAAAAAGAGGAAAUUGUAGCCUCAAUUCUUAUCAUUGUUGAAGGUAUAAUCCUACUCUCAUUCACAUCGACUGGCCCCCUCAAAACCAUCCGUCAUCACAAACACAAAGAAACUAUAGGGAGGUUGUCGGUUCUUGGCGGUACUGUGUGUCUUGCUCUCUGAGAGCAGACACAUGGGUACUGUACAGGCAAGGAAGUCGUGAACCAGUUUGAAUAAUGAUCAUUCCAAGGCAGUAAGUAGGGUGACCCUUUCCAAAGGAUAUGCAUUUACUUCUAUCGACCAUUUAAAAGGAUUUAAACGAGUAGGUGUGAUCCUUUACAAAGGAUUCACCUAUCGAUCACUCCUUGAGGAUUGAGCAGGUUAAAUUUUCCACUUUUUACUACCUCGUCGAGAUAAAUAUUUUCAGAAGAGUCUCCUGUCAACUAAACAAACUCAAAUUUUUUUGUGUAAUAAAGAAUAACCUGAACAAUAAAUCGCCCUCCACGAGUAGUACCUCUACAAAAUGCAGCGUUCUUACAACUCAGUACAACGUGGUGUCCGCCACCAAUUGCGGCCCUCGCAGGUUCAGCAACAGCGGAACAUUAAUGUUGGUGUACUGAAGGAGCGGGCCAAUGAACGGCGUGUCACCAUGGUUCCUGCCAUUGCACAGAAAUUCAUUAAAGUUAAGGCUUUUUGUCUGUGAGAUUGAUAUGCAUGGUCGACGAACAACUCGCUUAUCACGAAUGCAGUUGCAAUAGCACAGCCCUGAUCUCUUUCUCCCAAAUGAUGGCACCAUCUCCUGAAUGGAUCCAGUGCUUCAUAAUGACCUGAAGCCAAUAUCUGAUAACCAUGUAAUCCCAUAUCAUCAUCUCUUCUAACCCCUACGGCUACACGAUGAAGGUCGAGAGUGGCGCAGGUCUGAAAUCUGGAUACAGUGACGCUGCCUACAAGGAAGCGGGAUGUGAGGUGAUGCCUCGAGACAAGGUGAUUAAGGCUCAGUGUAUUUCAUUCCCAAGUGUCUCUUUUCUCUGUUUUCUUCUUGGAAUACUGAGAAAAUGAACCUAAGAAGUGACUUGCUUGGAGCUCUAAGGCGGUUGCGAGUUCAGAACUUUUGUUCGGUUUGCACCCAGUAGAGGAUAAGGAGUUCCCAAAAUUCAAGGACAAGAUGCUUGUCUCCUGGGUUGGGCGUAUGCUGCCAGCUGGAAAAGAUAAUUAUGUUUGAUGGAAUGUAGACUAGAGCAGCUAAGUGAAGACAGUAGACUAGAGCAGCUAAGUGAAGAGAAAAAUUAUCAUCCUUCGUCCGCGAAUACGUGUCUUGCAAGAAAAAUAGCCCCAGCAUAGACUAUGGUACAACGAAUAGUUCUUCUUCUACUUCCUCCUUACAAGAGCUUCAUCGGACGAGCCAAAAGAGACCUAGCUGCACUGUCGCAGGGGACUCCGAGAGUGUGGUAGGGUUCUUAGAGACUUGUUGAGACUCAGCGAGUCUCUCUAAAAAUCUCAGCAAGUAGUCUCGGAUCCUAUUCCCUCUCUAAGCUCAAGUCGCCGCCGCCGCCAAAGCAGGCUGCGCAUUGGUUGACACUACUGCGGCUCCGCGUAUCACCAUUGCUCAGAAACUCGACGUCUUAUCGUCACAGGCAAAGGUGGCGGGUCACCGUGCGGUGAUCGAGGCAGCUUACGCCUAUGAAAGAUUCCACUCGCCUGAAGUCACGGCGGCGGGAAAGUACUUAUAUUUAAUCAACAAUACAUGUACAUCUAGUAGAUAAUCAUGUAGUGAUGUUGGCAUAUUAACUUUAACUUCUAAAAUAAAUAAUUUUUAACUUUAACUUCGAAAUGAUGAAUCAAGAAGAAUGCAAGCUGCAUGAAGGUGGAGCAUAGCUCACUGAUCAUUAGCCUCCACCUCUCUUGUUCUUUGAACUUGUUUCCUUCCUGCUCCUUCUGUAGGUACCCGCCAUCCAACACGUUUUCUCCUACUGUAGGUACCCACCAUCCAACACGUUUUCUCCUACUGUAGGUACCCGCCAUCCAACACAUUUGUUCUCGGUGUUGGCGUUGCAGGACUUGCCGCGAUGGGUACCUCGAAAGCCUUGGGGUCCCAAGUUCGUGCUUGGUUAAGGCUUCCCCUAAUCCAUCUCCAGAAGCAGGAUCUUAUUGAUCGAUGUUGUCUCAAGUAUUAAUAAUUACUUAAUUGAAUUACUUGAUUCUUUUGUUUCCUAGUUAGGUGUGCUCCACCGAUAAUAUAGGGACGCAUCUCGAGGCUGUGCCUUAAGGGGAAAGUCAUUCCCAAGAAGACGCGUUUCAAGUAGGGGAAAAGUCGCCUAGGAUGGGCUGUGCUUACUCACUCUGCUGAUCUUCAUUUACUUUCUUCUCGACAAGAGAAAGUAGUCGAGAAAAUAAGAUAGAUGCGAGAUCAUGUCCAUCUCAAGAUGGAUCUGAAGAAAUUGAUCGAAGGUGAGAUAGAUGAUAGAAGAAUCAGGUCAGUGAAUAUACAAGAACCGGUUAGUAAGUUUUUACUCUAACUUGGGAUGUCCGUGACGUGAGUGAUCAAGUGCAAUCUAUGGGCGCCAAGUGGGUUACCGUGGACUUCAAAGAAGAUGGUGCUGGUGCAGGUGGAUACGCCAAAGAUUAAGGGUUGGAAGCUGACAUCUCCAUGAGCAUCCCUAUGGUUUCUUCAGGUAGGAAAGCCAUAGAUAUGCUCCAUCUUUUUCUUUUAGCUCAUCUCUAUCUCUAAGCUGUCUCCAAGUAACAAAAUGGACAGAGUAGAUGGGGCAAAAGAUGGAUGAUUGUGGUCGUGAGUUCUAAAUAGAGUCCAGUGCAGAGUUUUUAAAAGCUCAGAAAGAGACGUUCGCCAAGCACUGCAAGGAGUGUGAUAUCGUCAUCACGACAGCAGCGAUUCCGGGAAGACCGUCGCCGAAAUUGAUCGAAGGUGAGAUAGAUGGUCACGCUUAUUUCUAGCUCACUUUGGUUGAACGAUUUCCGUCGUCUGUUUCUGGUUGUAGUAAAAUAAAUGCAACAUAUAAGUCAAUGGGACUACGAUGGGACUACAUUUCUCUCUACAACGUACUUGCGAUUUCAGAUAACAUGGUCGCGCAGAUGAAACCUGGAAGCGUGAUCGUGGACCUUGCUGCGGCUGGUGGUGGUAAUUGCACGCUGACCCAACCUGGGAAGACCAUCACAACCGACAACGGUGUAACCAUCAUCGGGUAUGACGAUUUGCCUGCCCGUAUGGGCAACAUCGCCUCUUCCAUGUACGCAAACAACAUGUACAACUUCAUCUCGCAUGUGCAUGGAAAGGUUAAGGCUCCAGCUGCAACUAGUCGCUGCUCCAUUUUGAUGAGAGGCAUCGACGUAUUUGAUUUUGAUGCCGUCCCAUAAUGACAAUUAUUUUAGGCCUAGACUUACCCGAUUAUUCGAGGAGGGAGAAGGAGAAGCAUCAAAAUGACGAUGAGUCUCAAGAUGGAUUUCAGGGGGGUUGGUCUAAAAAGAAGAAGGCGAAGGGUUUUUUGCCAGCCGUGGAUGCAGCCCUGAAGGCAGGAGACGAUGGCGAUAUCAUCGUGCGAAGCAUGGUUACUUGCAAAGAUGGUACUUCUGAUGAUUAUAAGUACCAUCUCUUCUACCUCGGCUGUGGUUUCGGCUUGCGGUUUUGAGUACGGUAGUAGCUGAUCGGUUCUUUUCAUAAGGAUAACAGAAUGACCCUGAUAAGUAUAUUUUCACACGACCACCUUCUCCUCCUCCUAUACACUAGCACCUCCUGCCCAAAUACAGGUAAAGUCCUCCUCCUAUACACUAGCACCUCCCGCCCAAAUUCAGGUAAAGAGCUCGUGAUGCCGCCACCUCCGCAGCCGACUCCCGUCUCAAAGCCAAAGAAAGUUGAGGAGAAAGCUGUCGCAGUCGCAGAUCCUAGGAAGGAGAUGAUGCAAACUGCCACAGGAAUUGCCGGUGGCGGUGCUGUUAUCAUGGGUACUGUUUUCUUCUUAGAAUCUAGGAAAUGCAGGUGAUGGUGCUGUAGUUAUCAUGGGUACUGUUUUCUUCUUAGAAGAAUCUAGGAAUUGUAGGUGAUGGUGCUGUAGUUAUCAUGUGUUGUACUACUACUAGAAGUUUGUUGUAUUUCUAUUUCUUGUAGGUGUUAGAAUGUGUCUCCUUCAGCAUGAUGUGGAAGAUAAUUAGUAAAGGGGUCAUACCCACACGUCACACCACCUAACAUUCUCCUCGUCCACCAAUGACCCGCAGUUGUACUCCUAGUCCUACAAGCCUUCAGUGAUUCGUCUUCUAAACUUCCUCCUCUCAUCAAUAAAGUCGAAAAAACGUCUUCCUUGCUUUCAUCAAUACAAUCAGCUAUGGGUGCUGGUGUGCCGCCUUCUCUUUUGA